AAAAAAAAAAGCAAAUCACGCUUCAAAAACAAACAUAAUCACCGGCGAAAUCAUCAUCUCCGGCGACGAUGAAGACGACGACAACGACGACGGCGACGUCGUUUGCGACGGGAGAGAGGGUUGUAGUAGCAGUCGUGGUUUCUCGUAUUCUUCUUUCUCUCCCUUUAUCACUUAUCUCCCAUGGCUUUUCCCUCUUCCUCCUCUGCUUCUCCGCCUUCCUCGUCGAGAUCCGCGCCGAGAGCUCUCCGUUUCUUCUCUCUCGUUUCAGCGCCAGACGUGGUGCGUCUUCAGGGAUAUUGCUAGGAGCUGUAACACUUCCUGCUGUUAUGAUGUCUAAGUUGGUUCAGCUUACAAGAGCUAUCUCAAUCCAUGAAGCUGAACAAGAUGAGCUUGCGCAUGUGACAAUGCAGUAUUGGGCAGUAGUUAAAGUCUUUAGUCAUUCUUCGGUGUGUUUUUUUCACUCAAUGUACAUAACAAAGUAUCUUCCCACUAACCACACUUCCUCAUGUAUGUUACCUAUUAAGAGACAAAUCAAUUGUUGUACCGUCGUGCCUUUUGGCCGUAGGAGAGAUGCCUAUCUAUAA